GAAGGAGAAGGUGAGUAAGGAGAUAGAGGGAAAUGGUGAAGGGUGGGGAGAGCCAAUUAUUGCAAGUUCAAGAAAUCACUGUUUGUGCCAUCAGGUUGGAGGCUAGCCAGGCAGAAUGAGUGCCUAGCCAACUUGAAUGUGGCCUCAUCGCAGCAGUAGAGGAGGCCAUGGACUGACAUGUUGGAAUGGGAUGUAGCAUUAAAAUAGGUGGCCACUGGGAGAUCCUGCUUUUUCUGGUGGAUGGGGCAUAGGCACUCGGCAAAGCGGUCUCCCAAUCUACGUCAGGUCUCACCGAUAUACAGGAAGCCACACCAGGAGCAUACAGUAGAUGACACCAACAGACUCACAGAUGAAGAGUCACCUCACCUGGAAGAACCAUUUGGGGUCCUGAAUGGUAGCAAGGGAGAAGGUGUAGGGGCUACAGGAGUAGACCAAUUAGUUGGAAUGGGACUAGUGGGAUUCAGCUUGGUAGUUUUCACAUAUUACACCAUUUGGGUCAUUGUGUUGCCAUUUGUGGAUAGUAGACAUAUUCUUCACAGCUACUUCUUACCACGGGAAUAUGCGGUGAUCUUGCCGGCGGUCGCUGGUCUGCUCCUGGUUUUAUUAGUGGGAACAUUUAUUGCUGUAGUAAUGUGGAAAAACAGAAAGCCUACAAAGAAAACAGAUUAAACAGAACUCAAAUAAGAACUGCAAGAUUACUUCAUUGUGAGUUUGUGCAGAUGAAAACAGCAGAAUAACAACAGAGGAUUACAGAUAGACGGCAGAUUUAUAGAAUAAACUUCUGCUUCACCGAUAGUUGUGAGAAGCUGUCACAUACUGUUUUUCUUCUCUAUUUGCUGUAUUAUCUUAAUACCUGACUCUAGUCUGCAGUGAUAUUCUUCCACUUUCGGUUAUGGACAUCUGUAUUUGCUGGUAUUAGAGCGUACAUGCUCCUAUAAAACAGAAACAUUUUUUUCAGUCAAUAAGGCAUAUCUGUAAUCAAAAAAGCUUGUUUUCUGAAUUUGAGUACAACUUGGACUUGUGCAUGUGCUUGUUGAAGGCAAAUCUAAAAUACUGCUAGACAGGAAAAGUAUUUUCUGGAGAGGAUUGUUCCUAUUAAGAAAACUUGACUAGCUCCAACUACUGCAAAGCUCAGGAAGUACCAGUUUAAGAGUUUUAAUUCAUGAGUUUAAGCCUGCACCAAUUCAUAACGUCAUAUGUCCAUGUUUCCUCUCGUAACAUGACUAUAACUAAGGUCUUGGCAGUGUACUGCAAGCAAGUGUGCAAUGAAGAAGCAUGGCAAACAAGCUUGAAGUAUUUUAGAGAGUAAUGUUGUAGUUACAAUUAACUCACAAGGAAAUUAAUGCUACAUGUGUUGAACAGCAAACUGCAAAUUGUGUAAUCCCUAAACCUGAGCUGUGGGGUAAAGGGAGAAAGACUACUAUGCAUUCCUGGAUAUUUUGGAAAUUUACUUGAAGCAUCCAUUUCUUGCAGUAUAUAUAUUUUUUAAAAGUCCCGUUUGUAAUUAAUUUAAGAAAUCCAGUGGACAUUACAGUCAGCCCUCCUUAUCUGUGAAUUCAACCAACCAUGAAUCGUGAAAACCCAGAAGUGCUCUUCUAGCACUUGUUGUUCGAGCAUGUACAGACUUUUUUUUCUUGUCAUUAUUCCCUAAACAAUGCAGUAUAACAACUAUUUAAAUAGCAUUUACAUUGUAUUAGGUAUUAAGUAAUCUAGAGAUGAUUUAAAGUAUACGGGAGGAUGUGCGUGGGUUAUAGACAAUAGUCAGUAGGUGCAGGAGUAGGCCAUUCGGUCCUUCUAGCCAGCACCGCCAUUCACUGUGAUCAUGGCUGAUCAUACAUAAUCAGUAUCCUGUUCCUGCCCUCUCCCUAUAUCCCUUGACCCCGCUAUCUAUAAGAGCGGUAUCAUGGAUCGGGAUUGAAAAAAAUCUGGAGUUCUCUUACUAAGUAAGUCAGAACAGGUAUAUCCAGUAUUUUUUAGCGUUAGUUAGUCAAACGUUUGCAUUCGUAUAAAAUAUAUAUUUUACCUUUCUGUGCAUAUAAAACACUUAAGAACGUAUGUUCCAGCGCUGGGCUCAGGAAGAUCCCGAGUUCGAUCUAGUGACAGAUGGCUAUCGAGUGUACUCUCCACCAUACUGGAUUGGUGUGGAGGAUCAAAAACCCAAAACCCAAUAAUUAAACCACUGAGUUGCUUAGUAAAAAUUGUAGCUUUCAUCGGGGCACAACUUUUCUCACUUUAUCCUUUAAAAUUGUUCCGAUGGUUGACCGACGUAGCCUAACGUUUUUCCAAUGACCGAUGGCGUUUCACCUCUUUCCAGUCGCUUUAUUAUUUCCACUUUAUUUUCAAUCGUUGUCAUGAUUAUUUUUGUAAACAGAAACACUACGGAUUCAGAGCUCUACCGUCGGGUCCUAAUGUCCACCGCACAGAGACAGGUUACAUAGGGUCUGGGGUUCCGCUGGGUCCUAAGGUCCACCGCAUUGAGACAGGUUGAAUUAAGGGGUUUGAGCAUCCGUAAAUUUUGGUAUCCGUGAGGGGUCCCGGAACCAAUCCCUCGCGGAUAAGGAGGGCCGACUGUGUUCUUAAAUCUGACGUUUCGGUUUCUUGGAGUUUCAUGUAAGACAGUGGUGAGAUUUUCAGAAAAUUAUUUCUCAAGAUGUAGGUGUUGCUGACAAGGUCAGUAUUUAUUACCUAUCCCAGGUUGCCCUUGAAAAGGUAUCAGAUUGCUGCCUUCAACACAAUAAUUUAUGUGGUUGUGGUUCUCUACUGUUACAGCCAGGUGGAGAGUUCCGGGAUCUUGUUUGGGGUGGUAGUGAAUAUCCAAGCUGCAGUGGUGUGACCUGUGAUGUUUUCUGGUACUGCUGUUGUUCCUGGAUGUUUAAGUGAUGAAGGCUCCAGGUUUCAAUAUGCUGCUGAAGAAGCCUUGACAAAUGAUUGCAUUGGAUCCUGAGGAUGGUCCAUACCUUAUUCAGAAUGGGCCAGUAUUGCGGAGAAUGACCGAGCUGCUGGUCAAGCAUGGUGUCUAUCCCUGCUGUGUUAGGAAGUAAAAUCAGAACCUGACUUUGCACUUGCAGGUCUUCCACAAUGACCGGGUGAAAUGGUAAUUAGAUUGUAAAGUAAUCAGGAGUAUAACCAGUCACUUGCAGUUUUAAGGACAACUUGAAUUGUGGGAGAGUAAUGCUGAAAAUUAUUAUUUUUUUCUUAAUAAUAAGUACAUUUUGUAUCAUAAAUUAUGCACAGGAAAAGAUACACAGGAAUCCUAUUGCUACAUUUAAAUCUAUUUGCAUAUGGCCUUUUACAGUACAUAGUAAAGGGCAUAAUUCUACUUGCAGCUCGUUUUAUAUUUUAUGAUACAUAUAAAGAGCAAUAAAAUAAUUUCAAAGUGAAGGAUAAGGAUGUUUGUUGUAAAAUUAGAAUUUUUUGAUGCUGGAUCAUGAGUAAAGAUUCACUGAGAUAUCUAAAUUUUUAACAGAAAGCAAAGUGUUUGCAAUCUGUUCUGGUUUUUCCUCUGCCUAAAAUAUUAGGUUAUAUUUUAAUUUGCACCAUAGUAAAUUUUUUUGUUGAAGUAGAAUAACAACAUCACUUCAUCCAGAUAAAAUAGAAACUCGCAUGAUCCAGCCUUCAUGUGAAAAGUAUAGAAAAGGCCUUGUUUCAGUUUACUCACACUUACUGUCUUGCCUCUUCUGUUUCUUCAAUGACUGUAUUGUUGCUAUUUCCAUACGUCAUUGCUUUUACUAAGGUUUUCCACCCGCCUUUCAUUUUUGCACAGUCCAUCUCUGAUUCUUCCCAUUCUGGAUCUUUCUGUCUAAAUCUCAGCGGAUAAGUUUGCAACAAGCAUCCAUUACAUCUCUCGCAUCAGUGUGGUUUAUUUUUCUGUAUGCUCUGCGUUGUACAGCUUUCAUGCUCUUUGCUUUGUGAUUACUCUCACUAACUACCCUCAUUUCACAACUAUCAAGUUUUUCUUUGUUCAUGUUAUUUUCUUCAUUAACUCAUUAGGUAAAUUAUUUCUUCAACCAGUUAUCCCCUUAGCAAACCAGACUUCACACAGUGAUAUUUCCUUUGCAUUAUCUAUCUUGACCCCACUACCCAUGGAGCUUAAAUAUAAUUUGUUUUCUUUGUUUCCUAGUUUCAACAAAAGUUCUUUAAUGCAAAAGUUGACUCUUUUUUCGCAGAUGCUGCCUGACCAGAUGAGCAUUUCCAGCAGAUGAGGGAUAGCAAAGCCACCUCAAGGCACUUCAAAAAAUAAAGAUAACACUCAGACAUACAUUUUAGGCAGAUAUAACAAGAAGCUUAAACAAGUAGCUGAGUUUUAAGGAAUUCAAUAAAGAAUGUAAUAAAGAUGCACAGAUUUAGGAAGAGAAGUCUAAAGCUAAAAACCCUUGCAGCUGAUAGCAUUAGGUGAAUUAUGUCAAUUGAAUUAAGAAAUUAAAUGAAUUAAGAAAUGCAUUAUUUCAAUAAAUGAGCUCUAUAAAGUGAAGUGAUUAAAUUCAGGGCUGCCACAACUGGAGAAGUGAAUAUAUCUUAAAUGUCUAAAUGGCUGAGGAUAUUACACAGUUGAAAGAGGGAGCCCAACACAUGGGAUAGUUGAAAGUUAGGAUGAUUUUGCUUUCAUGUUUCCCUGCAUUGUCAAUAAAGACAUGCAGCAGAGAUUUGAAUAAGUUAUAGAGAGCGUGACUAAAGCAUGCAAGGAUUUUGUUGGAAUAGGCAACUCUGGAGGUUUUAACAGGAUAUAUGAGGGUUUUGACAGCAGAUGAACUGAGGUAAUAUAAAGGAAAUGAAAAUAGAUGUCUUAGUGAUGAACUUUUUAAAAAUCAGAAGAUGUUGUUAAGCAGCUGAGGCUCAGAAUGUUUUUUUUUAAUUCAGCACAUUUUCUUCUCUUUAUCCCUCUACCUAUCCCUCCUGCCUGGCAGGGGUUGACCUGAUUGGCCUGGCACAUCUUCAAAAAAAACUUUAAUUCCCUUAAUCUUAUUAUUCUUUCAUGAGGUGCUUUUCAGCGAUACCUUAGCCUAUAGAUCUUUGCCCCUCCUCAAAAGGAUUAUACCUUGGAAAGGCUUUUGGUGGCAAUCUGGAAUAACAACAGGAACUAGAAGAGGCCAAUUCAAACCCUCAGCAUGUUUGAAAAGGGGUUUUCAAAUCUCAAAUUCAUAUUUUGUGCAGAAUUGGUUCUUCACUUAACUCAAAGAUUGGAUUCUGAUUUUUAGUACAUUCUUUUUAUUUCAGUUCUCCAAACAACAAACCUUUUUUCCUAUCCUCAUGAGUAUCUUCUUUAACAUGAAAACUUGAUCUGGUAACCCUUUAUUUCCAAAAUCAAUUUUGCUAACACAGCUAUGGGAGUCCUGGUAUCAAUUUCCCAAAACCAAUUGAUCUAAUUAACUUAGAUUUCCAGAUCUGAACUUAACACCCUGGUGUGGCUUUGAAAGGACUUUAGAAAGUCUGAGCAUAAUUUCCAUUUUAGUCUCAUAUACUAGAUACAAGAACUAGUAUUCCAUCAGCUUUCUUGAUUUUGUUACACUAGAUGACAUUUUAGUAAUGAUCUCUGGGUCCAGGCUCUUUGUUUUUUAUCUCCAUUGUUUUGAGCUUUUCAUCAUUUAGAAUAUACCUCAUUUAUCAAAACCAAUGGUUCACUUAUCUAACAGCCUCCUUUCCCUCCCUUUACCUGUAAUCACCACACUCCAACUUCUUCAUUGAUGUCGACAUUGAAUAGAGUGAUCCAAGCCCCAAGUUGGUGAGUGCUUAGUGAGGCUGUGUCGUACCCCAUCCGCUGCGGGCUUACUGACUGUGAGCUUUGUGGCAACUUACCUCUGUGAUAGACUGAGACUUUGGGCCCACUCUGGCUGCUCUCAACUUUGGGCUUAUGGAGUCAAUUUUUUCUGAAUGCUGACACUUGCUUUAUUGUUCACAUGAUUUGAUUUGAUUUUUUUCUUUUUCUCACUCUGCACAUUGGGUGUUAGUCUUUUCUUAAAAUGGAUUCUUUCAGGUUCCUUGUUUUGUGGUUGCCUGUUAAACAGAAGAAUCUUGUAUAAUUUAUACAUUGAUAAUAAAAUGUACUUUGAACGUU